AUGCAUCAACAAAUUGUUGCGCAACACCACGUGCUUGCAGAGCAUGGAGGGCUUGCCACGAGCCAGACACAGAACCCUCAGCACAUUCCGUCUGUCAGAACCGGACAUGCUCCCGAGACCCAGGUAUCAACUGCUCAACACCCCUUGACUGCGAAGUCCAAAACACCUGUCAGUGUCCAGCAGACUCAUCAGUACGACCCACCUGAGAAGUCUCCAGAACAUCUCGAUACUCAGGCGCAGGCUCUACAGCACACACUGCUGGAGAAGCCUACCGUGCCAGCUGAAGUUCAAACACAGAUGCCCGAGAAGGUCGAAAGACCUGUCGAGACACAACAGACUCCCCAGCACAUUCCGGCCGAAAAGUCUGAAGUAUUGCUCGUCUUGCAGCCACAGGCCCUUCAGCCCAUUCCAUCUGAGAAGCCUGAAAUACCCGCCACGAGUCAGACUCAAUCUCCACCGCCAAUCUCAUCAGAGAAGCACGAGGAACCUGCAAAGCCUCAGGCACAAGCUGACCAGCAGAGUACACCUGAAAAGUCCGAGAAACCUACAAUUUCUGCUAAGAGUCAGACUCAAACUCCGUCAAUCUCAUCCGACAAGCACGAAGAACCUGCGGGACCUCAGGCACAAGCUCUCCAACAGACCGUACCCGAGAAGUCUGAGAAGCCUGCCGAUAUCUCAGAGGCCACUCAGCACAGUGCGAUCGAAAAGCCUGUUGAGGCUCAGGCACAGCCAGAUCCUCAGCACGUCUCGACUUGA